AUGGUCUCCACGCGACACCAUCCCCGCGAAUUCCCCUCACCGGACCGCGCCGCCAAAGAGCUUGUCAAAUCACCUACUACCACUGCCAAUUCGCGCAAAUGGACCUAUACACCCGCCGCCGCGCUGACGAUCUGGCUUCUUGUGUCCGUUCCACUGGUGCUUUGGGACGCCAGCUAUGUGUUGCUGCGACCGCAUAGUAUGCCCGGAGGACGAUUCCACUCACCCGUCUUCACCCCCUACGCGUUGUAUGGGACCAUCGACUAUAUAUACGGAUGGCCGGCUUUCAAGGCGCGCAAUGGCUUCACCGCCGCGCAAACCAUCUUGAACCUCGUUGAAACAGCCGGUUAUCUCUGGUAUCUCGCGAUUGUCUACGUGUAUGGCACAACGGUCGUGAGCGGUCGCGGAUCCCAGCAGCCCUCAAAGGGCUUGCUGUGGCUUUUGAAGGGAAAUAAGGUGGUUGCCGGCCGGCUCAAUGAGUAUUUCUCUGGCUAUGACAAUGUCGGCCACAACGACCUAGUCACUCUCGUCAUCUACUGGAUCAUCCCCAAUGGCGCGUGGCUCGUAUUCCCUAGCUACAACAUUUACAUUCUUGGGGGCGAAAUCCUGAGCUCGAUCGAGCUUGCCACGCCACGUCAGAAGGCUGGGCGACCCAAGUCCACCUAG